AUGGACUCACAAGUGCCAAUGGACCUGCUCACUUUAGAGUACCAUUUGCAAAUCCUUCGAUACGUCUCCGUAUGCCUUUUCUCAGUGGCAGUAUGGGAGCAUCUCAUCUGGCUACCCUCCGAGAUUCUGGUCUGGAAGAGCCUUUUGCGCAAAUUAGGCAUCACUCGAGCUGCUGCGCCGCGCUAUGGCGUUCAUGCUGCAUUCGACACGUCAGAGGGUCGCAUUCAAGCCAGCUUAGGAUCCAUCUGCAUUUGUCUGCUGCGUUACUCCAUGUUAGUCUCUGGUCCGCUCAUGAUCACCUUCUUCCUCGGCAGACCGGUGGACUGCGCAGCCACUGCCAAAGCGCUGCGUCUAUGCUUUUGCGUGACGUGGGCAGCCGCAAACUCCAUCUUUGUCGCUCGAGUAUACAUCAUGUACGGCAGGAGCAAGCGGGUGCUGGCAGCUUUGGCACUCUUGUGGCUAG